CGAGGGCGAGCUUAUAGAGUAGUAGGAGCCCUCUUCUCAAUGUCUCACUGUGCACCACAGCCCUUCAACGCAGUCCAAUGCGGCUCUGUGUCUCAGGUUUAUAUGGCUGAUAUCCCUCAACUGAUAUAUGCCCUUUGGGUUCCCUUUCUAGGAGCAAAUAUUGGACUCGACUGCCCAAGGGUAGACUUCGCCAGCGCAACAUGAACGACCUCGAGCAUAGUAUAUAUAAGAAGGCUUGUCGGCAGGAUGAGGUUUCCCAGCAAGCUCUUCCAUUCUCUGCAGCUCCAACCCAUCUACUCCAUCCUUCUCUCGAGUCUCUUCUUCUCCCCGUUCCUCGCCUCAGCUCUUCAUCAUGCGCUUGUCCACAGCAUUGUUGGCUGCAAGCUUCGCUGCAUCAGCAGUUGAUGCUGCACCAGGAGCCAAAGGGUUCAGCAAGUGGUGGCAACGGCAAGGCGCCAGCAAAUCCCACGUUGAGCGCGAAGCCCUUCGCUACAAUGAGCAGCGCAAGGAGCACGAGCUGCACCGCCACAUGCUAAAUGCUACCAAUGCGACGUCCAGCACCGAGGGCCCUCGGGAGUCUGCCACCAAACCAGCGGUGAUCAAGUUACCUCACGAUGUUGCGUCGGUCAGUCACGAGGUCGUGACCAUCGACUGCCCUCUGCCCCCUGUUGUCAUCUCUGUCACCACGGUCGACGUUACCGUGACUGUCACUGCCGAGCCCAGCAUCGGGCCAGAUGUGCCAGGCCCUGUUGCCGACAAGACGGUCGUUGUGGAUGAAUCAACCACGUACACAACCGACUGCGAGGAGGAAACCAUGGCUCGAAUGACGGACGAGGUGGUCGUCGACUCCACCAGAUACACGCCCACCACAGUCCUUCUCACCACCACCACCCUCGACGAGAACAUGUCCGCCACUACUAUCAUCAUCACCGCUACUACGAUUGUUCCCUGCGAGUCGGAGACAGAGACGUCGACGCCCGGCGAAGGCGAGGAGCUGACAACCCAGCUUACGACCGUGACGCCCACCAAGCCGAUCCUAGACCUGACAACGUCUGCCAACUCCACCUUUGUGGUCUCGUCGACGCCGACUCCCUUUGUCUCGUCAGUUGUCUCGACUAUCGCAAACUCGUCCAGCAUCGAGUCUACCCCUGAACCAUCGCUGACCGAGAGUACGAUUGUGCUUUCCCCGUCUGCCACCCCGUCGUCUUCCGUGAUCACACUCUCGCUCACGACGGCCACUCCCACGCCCAUGACCUCGGAGCAACUGACCACGACCGAGCCUCCGCGUACGACGGGCUACCCGCUCAUCUGCAUCGACACCUGGGUGACCCCCGUGACCACCGCCAAGAUGUCCGUGACACCGGCUCCUCUGCCCGAGCCCACCCGCACCGCCUGCGCCGACGACCACGAGACUGGCGCGCCCGAGGAGGCCGUCCUGUACUGCGGCAUCCACGGUAAGCCUGCCGGCGUUUAUUUCCUCGCCGAGUUCAUCGAGGAGAAGUCGGGCGUCCCCGUCACGGAGGAAGGGUGCUUCCAGUUCUGCGACAGCGUGAUGGAGGCCACAGAGGGCUGCCAGUCAUACCGCUUCUACCACAACGAGCUUGGUGCGCCCCGCUGCGCUCUGUACGGCAUGCCUGUCGCUGCCGUCGUCGAUGAUCUCGAUGAAAGCCAGGACGACGUGUGGUACGACUUGAAGUGUGGCUCGCCUACCGAGGAGGGCUGGCAAGACGAGACCAAGACCCAGACGAGCGAGUCCGUCACGACAAGCACAGCCAGUACUCCCGAGGUCCUAGAGUCGGUCAGCUCCAGCAAUGUUGUCGAGCCCACAAAGACUGCCAGUGACGCGAUCGAGGCUACCACAACCGCCCUCGCUGAGGUCGACCCGACUACCGCGGAGAUCAUCGCUUCCGAGACCACCUCGUCAACAUCUACCAUGAUGACCCCGACCAUGGCCAACAGCACCAACUCUGGCAACGAGACCAACGACAACGCCAACAGCGGUGAUGCUGCCGUCGACGACGGCAAUGUCAACUCGGGCAACGCAGGCAACAAUGUGGUAGGGGACAACAACUCGGGCAACAACCAGCAGGGCAGCCCGGGCGCAAACCUCAUCGACAUUGACAUUAACAACUCCAACGGGCUGCUGUGACCGGGGGCAGCAAACUCGAGCGCACAUUUCUCAGAUUCGGUAUAACUGAGUACAUAACUUGGCAUAUAAUAAUAAGUAGGUAAUACAAGAUGGGGCAGGAGGAAGGGUUUCAUUCCGGGGAUUUUGGGUACCGGUAUUUUAUCAUAGAUAAUGCUACAAUAAUACGUCUUCCAUUGUUUCAAGCACCGCGCGCGCCUUUCACUCCUCGAGUACAUGCUUUCAUAACUACUAGAAGACCUCCUCACAGGCCAGCAC